CGAACCCGAGCGCGAGAGCGAGAGGCGGAGAGGAAGCUGUCGCAUUUUUCUUUACAGGUUGGAAUGAGAGGAAGGUGAGGCGACCAUGAGUUGGUUUGGGUCAGCCUCGGAGUGGAAGCAAGGCCUGACCUCCUCGGCCCUGAGCAAGGUCGAGGAGCUGGAGAAUCAGGUGGAGCGAAUGAAGCGUGAAAGGACACAGAAACAGAACCAGAUUGACACACUCCAGCAAGCACUUGACAAACAGAAAAGAGUGAACGAGGACAAGGGCAAGGAGAAGCAGCGUCUGGAGAAAGAGAUCGAGCAGCUGGCCAGGAGCUGCGAGGGCCUCCAGGAGCAGCUGCAGAAGGGCCAGCAUGACCACAUCACCUCCAACAUCGCCCUCCAUCUCCCCAGGCAGACCAGCGGGGGGUUGCCGGAGUCCUCUGGCCAAUCGAAUGAAGAAGUUGAAGCUCUGAAAAGGAAAAUUGAAGAGCUGGAAUGUGAAAACAGGGAUUUACAAUACAGAAGGGCUGAGCGUGAAAGUGGAGUGGGUCUCAACAUCUCCUCCUCCUCCUCCUCCUCCUCCUCUGGGAAUGCCGAAGAGGAGAAGGACUUCUGGAGUGGCUUCGGGGAGAACAAGCGCGGCCAGUCAUCGGUCAGCAAGACCCCCAUGAAGAAGGCCAUUGAGACGAGUGACGAGAACCCCUUCAAGGCUCCCUACGUGACGCCUCACAAGAAAGGCUCCGGCCUUGCAAUGAGUGAUGGCAACCCCUUCAAAACGCCCCGCAAGCAGCUGUCCAUGUCGUCCCUGCCCUUGCCGUCACAGUCCAACAACGCAGCUGGUGAUGAGUACACUAAGCAGCUGGAGAAGAUGGUCGAUCAGUACAAAAAGGAUCUUGAAGAUCUCCGGGCUAGCUCUUCUUCCAGCACGGUUGACACUACAAAAUAUCAGACAGAGAUCGCAACUCUAAAAACUGCCCUAGACAAAUCCAAGUCGGAAAAUAAUAGUCUUGAAAAGACAAUUGCAAGCCUAAAUGAACAAGUGGCAUCAUUCAAAUCCAAUAAGGAUGAAUUGAAUGAAAAGCUUCAGAAAGUAGAAAACCAGCUGCGUACAGUCAGGAGUGAGAUGGACUGCCAGAGGCAUAACAGUGAAGCAACACGCAAGAACCUCGAAGAGAAGGCCAAAGAAAGGGAGCGAGAAUUGAACUCUGACAUCACACGCAUGCAGGCAGAUAUGGGGGGCUUGGAACGGCAGGUAAAGGACCUGCAGACCAAGCUACAGCAGCAGGAGACCCACGCUCGUAAUAAUGAAAAUGCCCUGAAAGCCUCUCUCGACAAAGCCACUUCACAGGUUGCAGCCCUGGAGAAGGAUCGCAAUGCAGCAGUCAGCCGCAGCAACCAACUGGAGACUGAGGUUGAGAAACUGAAGCAAAAUCUGGACGACACAAACAAGACUGUGGUCCAGCUGCGGCAGGAAAAGGAUAUGAUUUCCUCCCAGGUAUCCAACCUCAAGCUGAAGCUGACUGCCUCGGAAUCCUCUCUGGAAAAGACCUCGCAUAAGUUAGAGGCAGCUGAGCAGCAGGUGGAGAGUCAGAAGCUGGCCAUGGAGCAGCUGCAGUCGGAGAAGGACAAGGCCAAAAAGGAUGCUGAAAACAACAUCAGCAGACUGACCCAGGAAGUAAACGAACAGCAGGCACUGAACAGGACGCUGAAGACUGAGAGGGAUGAAGUUCAGGCUACCAUCAAGACCACAAAAGAAGCCUGCGACAAUAAGCUAGCAGGUAUCAACGCUAUGGAGGCCGAGGUUGAAGAGAUGAAGAAGAAGGUUGCCGAGACAAAUGCGGCGAUGGAAGCUUUGAAAUCGGAAGCGACUAAUACGGUAGAGACUACCAAGACAGAGACAGCAGCCGAGAUCAAGAAAAUUAAAGAAGAAGCAGAGAAUAUGGUGCAGAAAGCCAAAGCAGAAGCAGAAAAAGACGUGAAUAAGGCAAAGGAAGAGGCAGGAGAAACUGUCAACAAAUGCAGACAAGAAACGGCUGAGAACAUUGCCCAGAAAGAGAAAGAAACUCAAAUGCAACUGGAUCAGAUGAAGGAGCAGGUUAGUGAGGCUGAGGCUAAGGUGAAAGCAGCCGAGGAAGCCAGGAAGGAAGCCCAGGAGAAGGAGGAAAAGGCACGAGGAGAGAAGUUGGCGGCAGAGUUGUCUGCUUGGGAGAUUGAAGGAACCAUAGACUCCUUCAAGAACGAGGCUGCACAGGCACAGCAGAAGGCUGAUGUUCUUAAUGUUCAGAUGGAGAGUCUGCAGCAAGAGAAGACCACCCUGGAGAAACACCACGAUGAUCUGGUGAAGAGCAAGGACGAUACAAUCCAGUCUCUGACGUCCACAUUACAGGACAAGGAAAAGAUCAUUGAGGGUCUGGAGGGCAGUGUGAGGGAGCUCAAAAAGUCCCUGGAGGAGGCAGCUGCUGAGAGGGAGAAAAUCACAUUGGAAGCAGAAGCUGCAAGCAGGGAACAGGCAGAGCAGUUGGGUGUAGUGACAAAGUCCCUUGAAGAAAUGCAAGAGGCCCUGGAAAGGGAGAAGGAGGAGGUUCAGGAUCUCUCGUCUCGUCUGGAAGCCAAGGAGAAAGAGAGGUCUGAAGUGCUGAAGAAACUUGAGGAGGCGGGAGCUGCAGCAGAGGGGCAGAAGGAAAAGGUGCUGGCCUUGGAGGAAAAGCAGCUGGAACUACAGGCUGAGCUCUGUAAUACAGCAGAACGGAAGGAUCAACUGCAGAACAAGCUAGAGGAUAUGGAGAAACUUCAUGAGGAGAAGAUUGCAGAAUUCCAAGCUACUGUUGAGGAAAAUAGACAGGCAUUGGAAGGAAAAGAUGAAGAAGUUUCAAGCCUGAAGGAUCAGCUUGAAAAGGUAGAAGAGGAAAAGAGUGAGCUGAAGGAGGAGAGUGAGACGUUCCGAAAGGAGAAGGAAGAAGAGAUGUUGCGCCUCCAGGAGGCCCUGGCCCGGGCUGAGGAGCACAGCAGCACUCUGAAGGGUCUUGUAGAGAUCCUUCAGUCCCAGGUCACCCAGCUCAGUGUUGGCUUUGAGACCAAAGUGGAGAGUUUGGUGCAGGAGAAGGCGCAGCUGUCACAGCAGCAGCAGGAGUUGAUAAACAACCUAGAGGAAUUGACAAAGGAGAAGGAUAAGGCAGAAGAAGACAUUCAACAACUAAAGGAUACUCUCCAGGGCAAGGUUGAAGAACUUCAAAGCCUCAGUAGCACUUUGGAGAACCAAAUCCAAAACAUUAACAGAUUGGAAGAGGAGAUGCAGAAGACCGCUGUUCAUGUAAAGGACUUGGAAGCAACAAAGGAGGAGCUGGAGAACAAGGCAAAGGAGGCUGUGAGCAGGUGUGAGGCCAUCAUGGAGACCCUGAAGAACAAAGAAGAGGAAAUUGACACAAAGCAGGCAGAGAAUCAGGCAUUGCAAGAGCAGCUGCAGAGUGCCAUUGAGAAAGUAGAGGGGGCAAAUGCUCGUAUAGAAAAGCUGGAAGAGGAAUCAAUUCUAAGCUCUCAGAAGAUGAGUCAGUUGGAGAUGGACCUUGAGAAUACUGUUGAUGAGGCAGAAUAUAAGGUCAAGGCUGUGCAGAGCCAGCUGUCCCAGAUGAAGGAAGAAAGUGAGGCCACCUCAUCCCAACUUGCCUCACUGAGCCAAGAACUUGAGCAGAAACUGAGCGAAAUGGAGGCCCUGAAGAAUAACAUUGAAGAGAUCACAAGAGAGAAGGAGGCCACCCUCACCUCCCUCCAUGAGCAUCAGAGCCUCUUGGAUGCUGAGAGAUCAAGAUAUAAUGAAAAGGUGCAAGAGGUUGAAAAGGUUGCAAAGAGCCUCCGUGAGGUUGAGGAGCAAGCAGCAGCACUGAGGGAAGCUAAGGCAGCCUAUGAGAAGGAGGUGGAAUCCCAGCAGACCUCCAUGAAUUGCCUAAAGGAAGCUGUCUCCCAGUUGGAGGUCCAGAAGGAGGAAUGGAAGUCAGAACUGGACACCCUUCAGACGUCCCUGUCCACACUCACGGAGGAGAAGGCGUUGCUGGCAGCGGAAAUUGAGCUGAUGAAUUCUACCAAUAGUAGCUUGAAGGACCAGUUGGAGAACAUGCAGCUGAGCCAAGAGAGUGUUGAAUCUGUCAAGCAGGAACUUAAUUCAUCCCUGGAAGCCAAGAGUCAUGAGUGCAUGGAACUUCAAGCAGCACAACAGCAGCUGGAGGAAAAGUUGCAGAAGGAAGCCUCUUGUGCUGAAGCAGCCAUUGCGAACCUGAAUGAGGAAAUUGUAAAGUUAAAGAGUGAAAUACAAACCAAGGAAAGUGACAUGGAAAACUUGGCCAAGAAACUGGAUGCAGCGCUGGAGGAACGUCAGACCCUCUCAUUGCAGAGUGCCGAACAACGAGAGUUACUAGAGAAUGCAAUGAGGUCUCUGGAAACCACCAAGAACAACUACGUUGACAAAGUAAUGUAUGAAGAAAAGUGCAGUGAGAGUGAAAGUUGGAGAGAACAAGUGCAGAAGCUAGAGCAGGAAUGCACUAAGAACAAUGUUAGCUUGAAUGAACUGCAAGAGCAGCUGGUUGCUGAACAACAAGAAUCAGCCAGGCAGACUGCAAUCGCCAAGCAAGCAGAGUCUCAUGUCCAGGAAAUUCGCCAGGCCCUUGACAAGCGGAUAGCAGAAUUGGAAGGACUGCUUUCAUCUACUCAAGCAGACCUUGUGGGCCAGUGUGAUUCUCAGGCCACUCUGGCAAAGGAAGUCCUUUAUCUGGAAGAGAAUCUGAGACAAAUGACAAACAAGUGGGAAGUGGAGAGAAAGAGAGCAGAAACCAUCCAGAGUGACUAUGAGAAUUACAGGGAUGUGAUUGUCAUGAUGCAACAGCAACGAGAUCAUACAACCUCAGAUGAACUGGUGAAGAAGGAGAACUCGGACCUCAUCAGACGUUUGAAUUCUGUGGAAGCCAGCAACCAGAAACUUCACUCUCAGGUGCAGAAUCUGAGGAUAAAGGAGCAGCAGCUGAAAGCACAGCUGAAGGAUGCCAGUGAAGAGAAGGUAAAAACAAGUGAUCAUUCUCAGGAGCAACUCCAGACAACUGAGGAAGAGCUGAAGAAGGCUGAGCAGACUAUACUAGAGCUCCAGGAGCAACUCAACAUAACAACUGAAGAAUUGGAGGAGUUCAGAUGCAACAGAACAAGUGAUGACAACAGGGAAGCAGAGGAGAGGGAGAAUGAAGUGGCUGUCCUCAAAGACCAGAUUGCUUGCUUGCAGAGUAGCCUUGCUGCCAAAGAAGAGGAGCUGUCACACAUGAGCCAAGAGAUGGCUAAAUUGAAAAGUUUACAGAGAGACCUACCAUUGACCAGUGAGUCACCUAGGAAAGAAAACACCCUGGUAGACAUUGCUGCUCUGCAGACGGAGUUGAACCUUGCCAGAGGACAACUCACGGUCUCUCAAGAUGAGCUAAAUGGCCUGAAGUGUGAAGUGCAAGAGUCACAAGAUCAGCUGAAGCAGGCGAUGUUUGACCUCAGGAAGAGUCAGGAGCAAAAUAAACUGUACCAGGACAUGGCUCAGGAACUGGAAGACAAGGUGAAUCAGCUGGAAGCUGAAAUGAAGUCAGCCUGUGAUAGCAAGGAGCGUAUGAAAGAAGAACUGGAGCACCUGCGCACUUCUUCAGCAGCUGAGACAUUCGCAGACUCACAAGCAGAUACCAUUACUUCUUUGAAUGAAGUGAUUGCUAGACUGCAAGAGGAGCAUAAUAAGCUGAAGGAAAAAUACAGCACCCUGCAAAAAGAACUUCAAGAGGUAGCAGACAAUAAGAACAGAUUACAGGAACUUGAAAACAGCCAUACAAAGAGUGAAGAGCUAGCCUUCCUGAACGAGGAACUGAGCUCCAAGAAUGAUGAGCUGACCACCAAGAACGACCUCCUCAUCAGCCGCAACGAAGAACUGGCUGGCACUAUCGAGGAUCUAAGCACCCAGAUCAAUGAGCUGGUGUGCCGCAACGAUGUUCUCACCUCGGACAAUGAGACCCUGACCAAGAAGGAGCAAGAAAUGCUACUGCAGCUAGAUGACCUAAUGAUGGAGAAACAGGACCUGGAUACUCAGGGUAUGACCUUGUCACAGCGGCUGGAGGAAGCUGUCUCUGGCAACAAAGAGUUGAUUGCUCGUAACACCGAACUGGUGUUGCAGAAUGAAUCACUGCUCUUGGAGAACCAGGAACUCAAGGGGUCUUUGCAGGAGAGGAACCAGAGUCAAGAGGAUGCAGAGGAACUCCUGAAGCUAAGAGAAAAAUAUGAAAAACUCCAGAAUGAGAAUGAAAUGCUGGAAAAGAAAUAUGAUGAGCUUAAAAAGCUACAUGAAGAUAGCAAAAAAGAAAGAGAAGAAAUCGAAAAUGAUAGGAAGUCCUUGACAGACACGAUGAAGAACUUGGAUGAUGCAGUAAAUCAGCAUCAGAUAGAGUGUCAGGAAUAUAUCAAGCAAAUUGAAAAAAUGGAAGAAGAAAAUAACAAGCUUUCUGAACAACUACAAGGUGCUUCAUCUGAGCGAGAUGAACUUGCCAGCAAAAUGCAGGAGCUGGUUGCAAAGCUGGAGACAGCUGUGGCAGAAAAAGAAAAGUGCUUGAAGGAAUACGAAGAACUGCAGUCGGAGAAGGAUUCUGUUGUUCUUGAAAAAGAGCAAGUGCUUUCUGAAAAGGAGCAGCUUCAGUCCAAAUAUGAAGUUAUUAUGAAGGAAAAAGACGACUUGGCAUCUGAGAAGGACAGUUUGCAUCAAGAAAAUGAAAAGCUGUCGCAAGAGAAGGAGCAGAUGUUAUCAGACAGAGCAUUGCUAGAAGAAAAGAGUAAGGAAAUUGAGGAGGAAAAGGAAACCCUACAGAGCCAAAUUGACUCCUUCGUUUCACAGAAGGAACAGGAACAGUCACAAGUUGAGAGUCUGAAGUUAGAGAAUGAAAAGGUAGUAAUUGAAAAGCAAAAGUUGGCUACCUUAGCUGAACAGAGUAGCAUGGACAUUGAAGAACUUACCGUAGAGCUCAAACAGGUGACAUCAGUCAAGGAAGCACUGUUAUUGGAGAAUGAGGAACUGAGGAACAAGAAUGAAGAACAACAGAAAGAGAAGGAGAAGUUGAGCACAGAUGUAGAAUUACUGAGAUCAGAGAAAGAGGAAUGGUCAACAGGGAAGGAACAUCUCAUGAAAGAGAAGGAACAGCUGAAGCAAGAUUAUGAAAAGCUUCAGUCUCGUGAGGAAAGCUUGUCAAGGGAGAAGACUGAUACGAUGUCAGAACUAGAGGCUGCAACAUCUCGUCUUGCUGAUGCGGAAGUAGAGAUUGCAGCAUCCAAGCAAGAUAUUGCAUCCCAGAAGGAGACCAUUGCAAUGAUGCAGAGCAACCUGGCUGAACUGAAGCAACAGUUGAAGGAUCAGCAAGAGACAGGAGACAUUCUGAAACAAGACUUGAGCAAGAAGGAGGAAGAUGCUGCCUCACUUAACAAGGAGAUUGCCAGACUGCAAGAGGAAGUGCAUAGUGCAAAUGAGGAGCUCCAGGUUGCCAAGGAUAAUCUCACUAAUAAGCUGUCAGAGACAACAAGCCUGAUGGUGGAUAAAGCAGGCCUACAGGUAGAGGUGUCACAGCUCAAGGACAAAGCUGUGUCUGUUGAGAAGUUAGAGAAAGCUGUGGCAGCAAAAGAAGCAAAGAUUGAAGAGUUGGGGGCUCUGGUCAAGGAAUCCCGCACAGACCUUGACUCACUCCGCGCCAAGUUCUCCCUCGUCCAGAACAUUGGCAGGAAGAAGGAGAGUGAACUGAAGGAAUGUAUGAAGCAUGUAGAGGAACUGGAAGGGGAAGUGCAGCAGCUGAAGGAAAAGGUCAGAGAAACAGACGCAGAUGCAACGCAGUGCCGUAAAGACUUGGAGGAGACGAAGCAGGAGGUAGAACACUGGCAGAAACGUUUUAAUGAGAAGAAUGGCGAAGCAGAACAACAGGCAGGCCAGCAGAUUGAGGUGCUGAAGAAAAUGCACGACUUGGAAGAAGCAAACGACAACAUGAAAUCUAAGGUUAAGCUUCUGCAAGCACAGAUCAAAAAGAUGAAAGCAGAACAGAGCCAAGAUAAGGCACAAGACCUCCCAAAGUCUGUUUUGAAGCCUGCCAAGUCAUCCCCUCAGCUGGCCAGUCCCGUGCAGAACACCCAAAGAACUGAGGCACUGGAGAGUCCUGAAGUCAUAGGAAGUUCACAGACCCAGGAACCGAGACUGUCAGAUGUACCCCAAGUGAAAUCGCGAGCAGUGACACGCAUGGCAUCGACCAUGAAGAUACCUGCUGCUAACAAGAGCCAGCAGCAGGCUGGAGUGAGGACCCGCCGUUCACUUGUUCAGAUGGUUGAUGAAAAUGCACUUCCAGAGGUACUUCAGGCAAAAGCAGCUCCCUCGGGUCUCUCACAGACUCAGGGAAGGAAGUCCUUGGUUGCAAAUGACGAUGAAAUGAAACGUGCCAUGAAGCGAGUUUGUGCAUCGACCUCCACGAGCCAGGAGAAACGCAAGCGCAAAUCCACUGUCAUCCCAGAGUCUCCUGAGUCCGGCAUUGAAGGCCUCCCUUCAAAAGUAAAACAAGGUCUGAAUGACCUUCCCUCCGGUGCAGAGAGCCCAGGUGUGAUGAGAAGGUCGACUACUCUGGUCAAGAAGUACGAUUCUAAUGACAAGCCACAGGUUGGUGGCCCCCUUAAAUCGCUGAGCACAAACAGCCCGAUCAGACCCAGUGAGAGACGCAUGACCCGCGCCAGCAUCGGCCUACGAGGGAAGCCGCCUCAGCCUGCCGCCAGAUCCGACGAAUGCAAGACACAGUAGCUUGUGUGUGUCACGAUACUAUUCUGUAUUAUUGUUCGACAUGAUUGAGGUCACCCUUUUCUUUAUCUUUUGUUUUAAUUCUGAGAAACUGUUUAAAAACUUUGAAUGCAAAGUUGCGUGUGUUUAGCGGAAAGGGUGGAAACGCGGAGAGAAGAAGCAGACUUUCUUUUUUACAGUUUUUAAUUUGGUCUUUAUUUUGAUAGGUUAGUUAAACAUUAGCUAAGAGGUAAUGAUAAGAAAUACUAGGUCUCUUAAACAUUUUCCUGAAGAACUAGAGGAAGAAAUAGAUAGGUCUUGAGAAUUUAGUUUGCAGAUGAAUUUUGAAGUAUUUAUUUUGCCUACUAUCAUUCUGUGCAUCUCAUUUGGACGAGUUUGAUUUAUAGGGGGAAAAAAUGUAUUAUUUUAAUCUUCAGGAUAAUGUUCAGGUUUUGCAGAUAGAUGUCGGAACACAUUCAUUGUACAUAUGUAGAUUGCCUAAUCCCUUAUAUAUAUAUUUUCUUGUGUGUUUCUAUCCUCACAUUUUUCUUCUGCAUUUGCCUUCAUUCUGUUUUUUAUUUUUUUUUAUUUUUUUAUUUUUUAUUUAUUUAUUUAUUAUUAUUAUUUUUUUCUUUGCUGUUUUCUGAUCUCUCUAUCCAUGAUCUGUAGGUAAAUUAUACAUAUAUUUCAUUUUUUAAAUAUUUUUAUACACUUGUGGAUAUAAAUGAUCUUCAUAUUUCUAUAAAACUUUUGUACAUUUUUAUACUUCAUUAAAAAAAUAUGAAAAUCUCUUUA